AUGUCUACUGAUUUCAAUUCAGUUGCAAAUGAAUUUUGCAAAUUUUAUUAUAAUCAAUUUGAUACCGAUAGAGCACAAUUAGGUAAUUUAUAUAGACCAGAAUCAAUGUUAACUUUUGAAACUUCACAAUUACAAGGAGCAAGAGAUAUUGUUGAAAAAUUAUCAUCAUUACCAUUUCAAAAAGUUCAACAUAGAAUUUCAACUUUAGAUGCACAACCAGCUUCACCAAAUGGUGAUAUUUUAGUUAUGGUUACUGGAGAAUUAUUAAUUGAUGAAGAACAAAAUGCUCAAAGAUAUUCUCAAGUUUUUCAUUUAAUUCCUGAUGGUGGUUCUUAUUAUGUUUUCAAUGAUAUUUUUAGAUUAAACUAUUCAUAA